GCAGGCCUUCGCUCAGGGCCACACUAUAAAUAAAUAACCAUAAUGCUAGUAUUGUAGUUUUUAAUUGCGGAUAUUCGUAAAUUGUAGCAACUUUAUGUGAUAAUUAUAUCAAAAACGCUAAACAACGAUAACAAAUAUUUUGCAGCCGGCAAUCACACAAACGGGGCCUAUCGAUAGCAUAGUACUCUCUGCCACGGACGGUCCUCAUACACUAUUUUUUCACAAUUAUAUUUUGUUGGCUGGCUUUUGGCCAAACUCUGUGUGUGUGCGCGCGUCUGUAUGGAUGUGUGUAUACGUGUGACAGUUUAUUAAACAAAAACGCUGAAAAAAAUAAAUAAAAAACUACGGACAAAUUAUAUUUAUAUAAUUUAAAGAGCAGCGCAACCCAAAACAGUUAUGAGAAAACCUCGGCCGGGAGAUUAUCCAACCAAAAAGCACACACAUCAAAUCAAAGUGCAAUAAAUAUGUGCAGAUAAUCAAUCCUCCAAAAUUGUUGCUCAAUAGCAACUCUUAAGAUAUUUUUUUGAUCUCCAUUCCCGAUUUCUGUACACUGCUGUGCUGUGCUGUGCUGUGCCGUGUGUUGGAAGUGCCAGGAAGUAGACACCACUCCAAUCCAAUCCAGAAGAUAUGCUAGUUCAGCGCUAGUGGAGUCAGGCAGAAUGCAUACAUAGAAGUCUCGCACAUAUAGAGGCGGAAAAAGCGCGCUAAAAUAAAAGAAGAAACUCUGUUUCUGCAGCCUUGCCCACCAAGGGGAAGAGAACGAGAGGGGAACGACACUAGGCGGCAGUCUUGUUAUCGAUUUUCACGCGGGUGUUCGUGUGUGGCGGGUGUGCGUGCUUGUGUGUGUGUGUGUUCAGCAUAACAACAAAAAUCAAAAGCGGCGUGUUAUCACAAAAAAACUAAAAGCUAAAGAAACGCGAAAUCAUUAGCCGGCGAAGAAGAAGAAGGCCAGAAGUGAAAGAGAGCAGCAGCACAUAACGUAAACCGAAAAAACGAACGGAACACCGAACCGCAAACUGAUCCCUCGUCCCCUCUCUCUCCGUGCUCUCGCUCUCACGGCAAAUGCAGAAGACCGAAGCGUAACCCCAUCCCAUCGGUCAUCGGUCAUCGGCGGUCGGUCGAUCGCAGUGUGUUUCCCAUUCAUUCAAAAUUCUAUUCAGAAAAAUUGGUAGACAUAGAAAUUUGGUAAGAAGACGCUACCGGACGGAACCUUCUUACCAAAUGAUUUCCCUUCUGCAAAUGAAAUUCCAUGCACUUUUGUUGCUGCUAUCAAAAGUCUGGACAUGCAUUUGUUUCAUGUUCAAUCGCCAAGUGCGAGCUUUUAUCCAGUAUCAACCGGUUAAAUAUGAAUUGUUCCCGCUGUCUCCGGUAUCGCGGCAUCGGCUCAGUCUGGUGCAGCGAAAAACCCUGGUCCUGGAUCUGGACGAAACCCUGAUACACUCACAUCACAAUGCGAUGCCCAGGAAUACAGUGAAGCCGGGUACACCGCACGACUUCACCGUCAAGGUGACCAUCGAUCGGAAUCCAGUGCGCUUCUUUGUGCACAAGCGGCCGCAUGUGGACUACUUUCUGGAUGUAGUCUCACAAUGGUAUGAUCUGGUGGUAUUCACCGCCAGCAUGGAGAUCUAUGGAGCUGCUGUGGCGGAUAAGCUGGACAAUGGUCGGAACAUAUUGAGGAGGCGCUACUACAGACAACACUGUACGCCCGACUAUGGAUCGUAUACCAAAGACUUGUCUGCCAUAUGCAGUGAUUUGAAUAGGAUAUUUAUAAUUGACAAUUCCCCGGGGGCAUAUCGCUGCUUCCCCAACAAUGCCAUACCCAUCAAGAGUUGGUUCUCGGAUCCCAUGGACACGGCACUGCUGUCGCUGCUGCCCAUGCUGGACGCUUUGCGCUUCACCAACGAUGUGCGGUCGGUGCUGUCGCGUAAUCUGCAUCUGCAUCGCCUCUGGUAGCAGGUGGGAUCUAGCCUAGCAGCCCUAGACCUAGCCCUAGACCUAGCCCUAGUGUGUAGUGGUCUAUGAGGAUCAGAGAAAGCGCGAGAACGUAAGAGAGAAAAUCUACACAAGAGAAAUUGACAACAACAAAAACAACAACAACAAAUGGAGGUGCUGUGACACAUUAACGAAUUUUUUCAUUAUUAAAAAUUGUGUUUUUGUUUUGUAUAUCCUUGAAGCGAUAGCAAAAUAUUAAGGAGAUCGAUUCGAUCCAAAAUUAUGAUUUCUGUAUGGUUAUACUAUAUACAUUUUUUUUCUUGUAUUAUUAAGAUGCAUAUAUAUAUAUAUUUCUAAUUGUUUCUACUUAAUAUUAAAUUGAUUUUUAUUGAUUUUGUA